AUGUCGGACAAUUUUGAGAGAAAUUUCGACGACAUCGAGAUGUUGGAAAUUCCAGAUGAUGAAUCGACCUCCGAGACCGAAGCCAUUUCUGAUUCAUCGUCCAAUAACUCCACGAAAGUCGCAGACAGGCUGUUAUAUUCGCAAGAGAAGUCGUAUGUGGAUCUUCAAGAAUGGCUUGACUCGACAAUACCGCUUGAGUUCAAGUUUGACAAGAAGCAGUAUGACCAAACGGUAGGAAUCAGCGAUUCCUACUCACAGAACUAUGUCAAAUAUGUCAACUCUCUCUAUAAAUUGAUAGAAGGAAUCAGCAAAAGCGAUAUUACCAGAAUAGAAUUAGAAAAGGAAGACGCUCCUAUCGGAUUUACAGAGAUAGACGACGUGAAUUCCACUAGAAUCGACAGAGAUUCGGUUUAUAAAGAUAUCGAUUCUGCUUUUGGCUCCAUUGUCGAGAGUCUUGGGGUUUUCCUUGCAGAAAUUGCGGACGAAGAAACAGUCGAUGAGUCGUACUUGCUUCAAUUACAUAGUUUGCUAUACAUUUUACAAUGUUUGCAAUCCAACUACUUUGUUAGUGAUGUCAAACUCAAGCCAGAAUUACUAGCUAAGUGGGUCAAUGGAUUCUACCAUAAACCCACCAACGAGUUGACAGAAGCUGUCAUGAUAAAUACGCCGACUCCCUACACACAUCCACAAUUCUGGAACACGUACUUGAGCCAGCUUGUGUCACGGGGUCUCCUUUCGCAGGCUGUAGAAGCCAUUACUCAUUCUCAGUAUGAGCAAUUGGAAGCAGAAGUUCCUGAAUUGUACUCCGUGAUUUCCGACCUUGUACUCUUAUUAGGUAACUACGAGCCUUUAUGCCUAAAGGGUCUGUUUUCCGAAUGGAAGCUUGCUGCCUGUGAAUUCAGAGAUUCGUUGGCCAAGGUAUCAGUAGAGUCUGAGAAUCCCCAGCAUACAAUCAUGCUUAGCCAGAUCUAUGAUGUUGCUUCUAUUAUGACUGGUUUGUCCAAGACUAUCGCAGCCCACUGCGAAACUUGGUAUGAAGUCUAUGUUGCUCUUGCGUUGUACAAAAUCAGGGAUGACAAUGAGCUCUACAAGGAAUUCUACAAUAUAGCUAUACUGGAAAUACCACCUGCCUCUUUUGAAGUAGACACCUCUGACAUGUCGCAAAUAUGUGAAGACUGUUUCAAAAACAUCCUCGACGAAAACUUCUUGAAGGUGAUAAAGACUAUGCAUGACAUCGAGCCUGCCACGGCAUCGUAUGUUUCCAAGUUGUUGGAGUUGCGAUCUUAUUUGACCAACUACUACUCCGUAGCCAGCAACUCUAAGGACAUUGAUGCUUUGCUCAACAAAAGAACCAUUUCGGAGUACUUUUUGACCAGACACGCGUUCGAAUGCUUGAAUAUCCACAGCUUAGUUCCCGUAGGCAUAGGUUUGUUGUUGAAUGGAGACAUUGCUAUUUCAGAGCAAUCCAAGACUCACAACCGUAAUGUCAUAAAGGACUUCCUUCCUCAUUUCAAGUCUUUAACCAACGAUGACUUGGAAUGGGCUCUAACAAUUUGUGCUCAGUUGAACUUGUUAUCCACUGCAAGGGAGUUGUACUAUAUUAGUGGCUUGAAGUCGUUGAACGACGGGUAUAUCUUCGAAGCAUUGAACAUGUUUGUCAACUGUUACGACCCUACUUCUAUAGAAGAAGACGGCAAGAGUGAUGGUAUAAAACAGGUACAUCGUAUUGUGUGGGAUAUGAUUUUCCAAGACAGUUUGGUCAACAACAGGCCUGUGGAGGAUGAUUUGAUCAAUAAUAUUGUCACUAACAAUGUUGACAAGUCGUUGAAGAUACAUCCAGUGAUCAGACAAUGUUUGUCGCCGUAUGCUGUUUUGCACGACUUCUUUGCUCAUCUUGAGUCCGACGAUUUAUCUCUGGCAAAGAAGUUCUCCAAGUUGAUUCAUAUCUUGAAGUUCAACUACUUGCCCAAGAAGUUCUGUCCGUUGUUGCUCUGUCAAUAUCUUCCUUUUUUGAAUGACACCAACUCUGUUUUCCAACUUCCAGACUUGAUUGUCGUUAUUGACGUCAUUGACAGCUUCUACUCGCAGGCUACUGCUGAAGAGUUGAAGGAAGGCGAAUCAUUGUACCAAUAUUCCAUAAACCAUAUCGAAGAUGUAACGGAGCCAUAUGACUGGAGAGUAACCCUACAGAAGAAGAAUAUUGACAUCCCAACCAAUCUCAAAGAACUUUCUAAGACGAUAAGAAACGCUAUCGUAGCCAAGAUUGGAAAAGUAUAUAUGGAGACUUAG